UUAGACGAAAACACUGCGCGUAUCAUGAGCAACUUCCUUUCUGUCCCUUUUUACAGCGUGCUGCUUGAUCGUCAAGAUGCAGAAGAAACAAAAGGAACCGAUCCAUUCCGUGCAGGUCUUCGGACGCAAGAAAAGUGCAACCGCAGUCGCUUAUUGUAAGCGUGGCCGUGGAAAUCUCCGCGUCAAUGGCAGGCCGCUGGAGCUGGUGGAGCCCCGCGUGCUGCAAUACAAAUUGCAGGAGCCCAUCCUGCUGCUAGGCAAGGAAAAAUUCUCUGGAGUCGAUAUUAGAGUAAGAGUUAGUGGUGGUGGUCAUGUUGCACAAAUUUAUGCCAUUCGUCAGGCUAUUUCCAAAGCUCUCGUUGCUUAUUAUCAGAAAUAUGUCGACGAAGCCAGCAAGAAAGAGGUAAAAGAUAUCCUUAUCCAGUAUGAUCGUACUUUACUUGUUGCUGAUCCAAGGAGGUGCGAGCCAAAGAAGUUUGGUGGUCCAGGUGCCAGGGCACGAUACCAGAAAUCUUAUCGUUAAUAUCCACAAUGUUUAUGUCUUAUUCAUAUUAUUGAAUAAAAAAAAUGCUUAAAA